CACAGGUUUUUCUCUUCUCCAACUUCUCUCUAUCGUCGUCAAGCCUUCACGGUAAGAUUUCUCUAUCUCCAAUAAACUACUCCGUAUAAUGAAAUUCUUUUUUAUUAUGAAUUUCUUUUUUAUUAUGUAUUUUUUUUUUUUAGAAUUGCAUAUUUGUUGUCUCCUCUUCAAUCUGUUUUUUCUUAAUUUUUUUAUUUUUUUAUCAAAAGAGUCAAUUCGUCACUCUUGUUGCACUCUGUAUUUGGGCUUGGCCUUUAAAUAAGAGAAAAAAAGUUCCUGUUGAGAUGUCCUGAGACUUGGUAUUACAAAAAAAUUGCCAUAUUUUUCAGUUGUCUCAUUAGACACUGGUAUUCUAACUCCACCCUAAAGCUCUAUGUUGUCUCCCUUGCAUACACAUGGGAUGUUACAGGCAGUGAGAAUGUGGGCUGGACAAAAAUAUCCCCAAAUUUCAGAAACCAUUGAAAUUACUAUUUGUUGAAUAAGCUCAGAAGACAACCUUGCUGAAUAUCCUGAAUUGCAAUAUAAUCACAAGUGAUCAACAACAAGAUACCAAAAAAAAGGAGGAUAUGAGCAAUGGACAACCAAAGAAAGUGAUGUACUGUUAGAGCUCAUGGUGGAUGCCGCUGCUCGAGGAUGGCGUGAUAACAGUGGUAUUUUUUCUAAGCAAACAGUGGAAGAGAGGAUACUUUCCGAGCUUAAUAAAAGACUGGGUUGUCACAAGAACUAUCUCAAUUACCAAAGCCGAUUGAAAUGGUUUAAAAAUAAAUGGAACACUUAUUCAGAGCUUAUGCGUUUUAGCUCUGGUUUUGGGUUUAACUCAACUACAAAGAUGUUCACUGCCACUGAUGAAGUAUGGGCAGAUUAUUUCAAGGCUCAUCCAAAACAUAACAACAAAUUACGCUAUGGAACAUUUCAUGAUUAUGAAGACUUGGAAAUCGCAAUAGGUAAUGAUGUAGCUGUUGGAAAAAACUCAAUUGGGUUAGGUAGUACAACUGAUGCAAGGACAUUAGGCGCGGAAGAAGGGAGAGAUGUGCAUAUAGACGACCUUGAUUAUGACUUGGAAAAUGAUGCACUCAUAAGCCAACCUCAAAGUGACCCACCUUUUCCGUCCACAUCACCGCUCAUAUCUCCUAAAAGUCAUGAGGUUCCCAUGCAAAAAGUAACACAAACCAAAAGAAAUAGAAGUACAUAUGAAGAAAGUGGCGUCAUGGAAAUGCUAAAUGAAAUAUCUACAAGUUUCAAAGGAAUCUAUAGCCUGCUAGAGAAAAGAGAAAGAGAGAGAAAAUAUACAAUUUGGGAUGCCAUCAAGGAUACCCCGGGCUUAGAUGUAAAGCGGUUGAGUUGCUUGAUAACAAAGGAAAAAAAGAUGUCUUCUUGAAGAUGUCACCUGAAGAACGGUUAAGUUGGAUACAGCACAAGAUGAGAGGAUAAAAUGAGAAGAUAUAUUAGGAUGAAUGAAAGGAUUAUGUGAAUUUAUUUUUAAUGUGUUAUGUGACUUUGUUUUGGCUGAAAGUUAGGAGUACUCGUGUUUUAUUACAUUGUUUUUGAGAGCUAGAUUAUUUAAUA